AUGUUUUAUUUUCAUCAUUUUCUAGAACCAAAAUUCAACAAAUGGAAACAAAAUGCUAUUACUGUAGCUGGUAUAAAUGGACCAGGACAACAUUUAUAUCAACUCAAUUUCCCACACGGAAUCUUUAUUGAUAAAAGCAAAAAUAUUUUCAUUGCUGAUUAUUGGAAUCAUCGUAUUGUUAAAUGGAAAUAUAAUGCAAAGAAAGGAAAAAUCAUUGCAGGUGGAAAUGGACAAGGAAAUCGAAUGAAUCAAUUGAAUGAGCCAAGAGAUGUGAUUGUUGAUCAAAAAAAUCAUUCGAUCAUCGUUGCUGAUCAAGGGAACAGACGAGUGAUUCAAUGUUUGAAUCAAAAUCAACAGAUUCUCAUUCACAAUAUUCACUGUUAUGGCUUGGCAAUGGAUAAAAAUGGAUUUCUUUAUGUUUCUGAUUUUGGGAAGAAUGAAGUGAGAAGAUGGAAAAUGGGAGAAUAUAACAGCGAAGGAAUUGUAGUGGCAGGUGGAAAUGGACAAGGAAAGAAACUCAAUCAACUCAAUUGGCCUACUUUUAUCUUUGUUGAUAAAGAUCAAUCAGUUUAUGUAUCAGAUAGAGAAAAUAAUCGUGUGAUGAAAUGGAAAAAAGAUGCAAAAGAAGGAACAAUUGUGGCUGGAGGAAAUGGCGGAGGAGAUAAUCUUAAUCAAUUGUAUUAUCCUCAAGGAGUAGUUGUUGAUGAUUUGGGUCAAAUCUAUGUGGCAGAUCGUUCGAAUCAUCGAGUAAUGCGUUGGUGUGAAGGAAGAGAAGAGGGUGAAAUUGUUGUUGGUGGAAAUGGUCAAGGAAAUCAAUCAGAUCAAUUGAAUUAUCCCAUGGGUUUAUCUUUUGAUGCUGAAGGAAAUCUUUACGUUACUGAUAGUUGGAAUCAUAGAGUUGAAAGAUUUGAAAUAAUUUUGUGA